UUUCGUCCAAACAGGGAAGAAUAGAAAGCAGCCAUAGACGAAGACGAAGACGAAGACGAAAAGGAACAAGAAGAAGAGAAGAGGGAUUGUCAGAAGCGAUAAGAUGCAGUAAUUGUUAUCUAAGACCCGCUAAUCGACGAUAGGAGAUCGGCCUGGUUCGUCGUCUUAGUUUUGGAAAAAGAAAUCGGCGAAGAAGAAGCAAAUCUGCGUGAUUCGUUUCGUUUGGGGUGUGAAAAUCUUUAUUGAUGAUGUGAUUGUUCAUUUUGGCUCUGUCGUGAUGCGUGAAAUCUCCGCGGAAGGUUGAAUCUUUUGGUUCAUGGUUUCGAUUUCAAUUUCGAUUGUGGCGGCGAUUCUCGAUUUGAUGUGAAACGGAAGAAAGAGAGAAUAAGAAACAACAGGUCUGCUUGUUUUUGCCUUACUUGUCUCAAGCUUUGGAUGCUAGAGAUAUUGAAACUCAAGAGGGUAUCUUCUUCUGGGGCUAUUGAUAAGUGGACACAGUUGCAUCUGACAGUUUUGGUAAAAGUUUCCUGUCAACUAUCCGGCAAAGAUUAAAGGACCGAAGGCAGUUGCUUGUCUCUGUACUUGCACUGGGGUUGUGCACACCACUCUAGUGUCAAGUCUAAAGUACCAGGCAACAGUUUACUGCAAAACUUGUAGUGGCAAAUCACCAGUUAUUGGGAUAGGGUCUAUCUCUGCAAGCAUGAUCAGUGCAAAAGGUUUAGAACCUACAAAUUUUAUAAAUCCUGACUUGACAUGGAAAACAGUUUCGAAGGGCUAUCGAAGAUCUUCAAGGCGAUCAAGGAAACCAGUUGAUAGAAGCCCCAAAUCCGAUGCUGAAACAGAUAAGGGCACAGAAAGUCCUUCAGAGACAACAGUGUCUGAAUCUGAGAAGCUUGGUGUGGCUGUCCUUGGACAUCGGUUCAGUGAAAAAGUUGAGCAAGUUCCAAUUAAGAAGAGGAGAUUCACAGUUCGGUCUCCAUCACCACCACCUUGCUUUUCUUCUCCUAAUGAACACGAUGACCAGUUUUUGGAUGGUCCUUAUUCUUCAGAUCAGGGUUCUUGUCUGAAAUUGUUUACAAAGAAACGACUCAUUGCAAUGGAUGCAUCUAGGAAAAUAAAAAAUGUGAAGCAUGACUUUAAUGAGGAUUUUUCUGGUAUUGAAAUAUUGGCUGCUGCUGCUGCGUGCAACAACAGUGUGGAUGAUGAUUUGCCCCCUAAAGAGUGUAUUUCAUCGAAGGAAGGAACUUGCUUUUCUUCGAGAAAUACAGUGGUUGAAGCUGCAUCAGAGGAUUCAGAUUUCCCUGAGCAUGCAGACAAAACUCAUCAUGGUGGUGCUAAUGACAAUUGUAAUGAUGUAGAUACACGAAAAGUGGAAAGAUCUGUUUCGUCUAGAGAUGUUAGAUUACAUUGGGACUUAAAUGUUGAAAUGGAUGCUUGGGAGCAGCCUUGUGAUACGAUUAUUGUGGAUUCUCAAACAAAUGUAGUAGAUGUACAGGGUGAAAAGCCGCAGGUUUUGGAAGCUUGUGAACUACAGAAGGAAUUGGGAGAUGAUAAAAACAAUAUUGGAACUCCAGUGCAGCCUAUCAUUGACAAUGAGGAACAUAAAUUUGAAUCAAUCUCUGACAUUAACAAGAGUGAUGAUAAAUGUGUCCCUCUUGAGAAGGUCCUUGAAUCUUCCACAUCUACAGGCAUUGUUGUAGAAAAUUCUCCCUGCAAGGAAUCUGAUAAGUUUGAAGGCUCAGUGUUGUCAGAAGAAAUUGAGAAAACAUUGUCUGUUGAUGGUUCUGCCAAAGAGUAUAAUGAAGAUCUUUCUGUGGUUGCACAACUGAGCAAGGUAGAAAAGUUAGAAGGGGCUGAUACUCUAAGUGAAAAUGGUAUGGCUUCUGCUACUGUCUGUAGCAUUGAUGGUGGUUUGAAAUCUCAAGACAUAAUAAGCUCAGAUGGCAGUUGUCCACCAUUGCCUGUUAAUAAAACAGAGGAUGUGGGUAUAAGCCAUACUGAACUUUGUAAUGAAGAUAUAUCUACAUCAGGUGUAUAUUUGGGAGAAGGUCAAUCAAUAGUUACAGUGAAUGUAGAGGGACUAGUUACAGAUACGUUAGUACCUUGCAUUGAUAAGGCAGUGCAUAAAUUUGAAGGAAAUUCCAUGCCUAUUGUAGAGUCAGUAGUUGGUUCUAAUUCCCAUGAGGUAUCUCAAAGAUGUGGUGGCAGUUCUGCUAGUAGCUUAGAUAGAGUUACUACUGAAGAUACUUGCAAUGACAGCCACAUAUUGGAUAUUUGUGAUAAGGAUAUUUCUGUUGGAAAGGGGAACACUACGGAUUGUGACAAGGAUCAUAUUGUUGGGAAGGAAAAUAAUACGGAUGUUGAUGCUGGUUAUGAUUCUCAAUAUGAGGAUGGAGAGUUGAGAGAGUCAGAUGUUCCAUGCUGGGAGGAUAAUGAUUGUGAGGAUGGGGAAGCUGAAUGUGUUGAUUAUGGAACUGAUACAUGUGAUGAUACUGGUGACUAUUCUAUGUCCAGUAAAUUUGGUAUGCAAGUAGAAUGCAGUGAAGAAGAAUUUUGUGUCACAGAAGUUAGGAGCUUAGAUAGGAAUAUGAAAGCCGAAAGGUUAAUGGGUUCUGGAUCUAAUUAUUUGUGUGAAAUUUUUGAACAUGGUGCUGCAGGAGAUGCUUUGAGACAGUCUGUGGGCUCAAAGGUAUUAACUUCUGGAUCUGACGAAUUGCCCCGAGGUUCAGAAAUGUCUUCAGACAUAACUGCUGAAAUACCUGAGGGCUACAUGGCUAGAAAACAUGGUGCUGACUGCUUGGCUGGUUUUGAUGAGAAGGAUACUUCUGCUAAAGUAGUUGGUUCUGGGUUUUCCCGAAAGGAACUGCCUGGCACUGUAGAAUCAUCUUCUAACACCUUACAUAGGAGUGACAAUAUUCUUGUACAGGGGAGCAGAUCCAGCAAUUUUGACUUGUGUACUCAACCUGAUGACACUUGUGCCGAUCAUUCUAUGGGAAAGGAAAGAUCUGAUUUGUUGCAGAUGCAAUGUAAAAGUCCAGCAGGUUGUUGGGAUUCAAGACGCCGAGAGUCGCCCACUUAUAAUGGUUCCUUUGGUGCUGAUCGUCCCAGGCCAAAGAGUGUUAUUGAGGGUCGUGGAUAUUCUGAAGCAGGAUUUGCAGGCAUUGAUAAUCAUGUACACCGUCAGUCAAUAAAUUCUUCUAAUGGUUCCUAUAGGCACCAACCUAGAAGAUCACCGUGCAGCAGGGAUGAUGCACACAAUAUUCAAAGGGGAGUGGGACCUUUCAGAGAUGGAAGUCCUGACAGAAGGAGGUUUAGAAGAUAUCCACCAGGAGUUGGUCGGGGUUUUAGAGAGGAUUAUCACAGGACCAUGCCCCAAAAUGGUUCUGAUGAAUAUCCCUAUCAUGUGAAUCGAAUGGUCAGGAGAGAACAAAAUACUUCACCCCCUAGGGAACAUGAUGCUGCAAAACCCCGCAGUAGCAGGUCUCCUGAUUAUAGGUUUGAUACUAGAAUGGAGAGGAUGAGAUUGCCGUUUCAGAAGCAAGGUUUUGGAGCCAAAUGCGAAAUGGGAUUUAUUUCCCCACCCAGGCGUCGUUUUUCGCCACAACAUAAUUCAAGAUGGUUUAAUGAUCCAAAUGGUACUUCCGAUGAAUAUCCUUAUCAUGUGAAUCGUAUGGUCAGGAGAGACCAAAAUGCUUCACCCCCUCCUAGAGGACCUGUUUAUUAUAGAAGACCACUACCAUUUAAGAGAUCCCAGUCUAGAUCAAGAAGUCGCUCUCCUGGUCCAUGGAUGUCAAGGGAACAUGAUACAAAACACCGCAGUAGCAGGUCUCCAGAUUAUAGGUUCGAUUCUAGAAUGGAGAGGAUGAGAUUACCGUUUCAGAAGCAAGGUUUUGGAGCCAAAUGCGAAAUGGGAUUUAUGUCCCCACCAAGGCGACGUUUCUCGCCACAACAUAAUUCCAGAUGGUUUGAUGAUCCAAAUGGUGGUUCAGAUCACUUCAGGGGAAGGAGGUUGCCUGGAAGAACAUUCCAGCAGCAGCAGCAGGGCCAAAGGUUUGAUUCUGUGGGUACAUCUCGGAGAAUGAAUUCAGAUGAUUAUUUUGAACCUGCAAUGCGCCCUGCAAGGUUUAACGAGAUGGGAAGAGGAGGUGGUAGAGCACGCAGAUAUGAAGGCAGUGCUGAUGAGAGAAGAAAUAAUGAUGACAGGUUUGAGGUGUUCUCCAGAACAAGGCGUUAUGACUCAGAUGGUGUCGUGCGGAGGUUUCGGUAUGAUGAAGAAGAUAGUUUUGCAACUCGUAACACUCAUAAUAACAACUUAAACAGCGAUAGUGAUAAUAACAAUGGUGCCGAGAGACGGCCUAGGAAUAAUGUUUACCUGGGCAGUGACGAGUUGAAGAGAAAGGUCAAUUAAGGAAAAACCUUAUUAUUUAUACAGGUUUCUUUUUUUUUUUCCCACCUUGGGUUGGUCAAAUCCACUCUUUGCUAGGUUAGGAGUUCUUUCUUAAUGUGACUUUUUUCUUUGAAAGCAUGUGCUUUUGUCUUCUUUGGCGGCUGGCACUGCUUUUGGGAGCUCUUAUGUUCACCUCUUUAUUCCCUUGGCAUUUUUUCGGGGGUAGGCCUGUUGUGGCCCUUCAUUUUUCAUUUUUUUCCCAUUAUUUUAAGGGUCUUUAUCCUGCUUUUUUAAUCUUUAAUUUCGUAGGAAAUUUUAUUUUACUUCUUUUGGCCAUAUGUAAUCUCGUUGAGGCUAUAAAGUUAUAAUGAUUAAGCAAAAUGCUGUCUUCUUACUGUCUCUA